AUGCCUGCAGCAUCAACGGACCACGAAGAAGGUCUUCAAAGCACAGGAGAAAGUAAUAAGCCCUCAGAUCUCAAAGCCAAAGAAGAUGGCAUAGCCUUCUGGACGAAACACACCAAACCGGUUCUCGCAUCUCUUCUCAAAUCCGUUGGAGAUUACACUCCCGAACAACAAGCUGCUCAUCUCGAGUUCCUUGACACCUAUAUUCUUCCGAGCAUGGGGCGCGCCCCUACAAAAGAUCGUGCAAGAUCACUUUUGACCCCGAAUGGCUCACCAUUCGAAACCAGCCUCAACAAUAGUGACGGCGGCAAUUCAUACGUCCGUUUCUGCUACGAACCCGUGUUUCCAGGCUCAGAUGGUGUCACUGAAGAUCCCAUUCCAAGAAUUGCCGAGAAGACGGGUGCUGAUCUCCGCUGGUUCAAUCAGUUUGCCGCCGAAUUCUAUCCAUCCGAAGAAGAUGCUGUGAUUUUAGCGGAGAAGAUGCCGAAGGACACUAUUCGCAUACCUAAGGUGUUUCUGGCCUUUGAUCUCAAGGAGGACAAGCAGACUAUGAAGGCAUAUUUCUACCCUGUUAUCAAGUGGAUGACAGCAAAGAAAAACUCGGAUAGAGCUGGAUUUGAUCUCAUCCGACGACUUGAUCCCCUUGGUCCAUCGUUUGGACCAGCUAUCGACAUGAUCGAGCGGUACCAGAGGAAGUUGUACCAAGACCCACCGCUAACUGUGGUUAUUGGUAUCGACUGCGUAAGUCCCGAAGAAGGUGCCCGAGUCAAAAUCUACAUCGAACCUCAGUCCAACACCUGGGAAGCAGUUGUACAGCACGUCACCCUGGGAGGUCAAGUCACAGACAAAACAACAAUGGAUGGUCUAGCGGUUCUUCGUGAUAUGUGGCAUAUCCUCAUAAACGAGCCAGAGGACAAGGAAUUCGAUGAGAAGUUCUCAAAGAAGAUCUUGGAGAAUAAGCCUGAUGUCAGCGGAGCGUGCUUCAGCUGGGAACUUAGGCCUGAUCAAGGCAUCCCUGAGGUCAAGAUUUAUGUGCCUUUGAACCAAUACUUCAAGAGCGACAAGGAUGCUACCGAAGCAAUGGAGAAGGUCUUCCGUAAAAGAGGAUGGGCUUGGGGUGAGGAGGGCACAUACCAGAAGAUUGUGUCGGAUGCAUAUGGGAGUGAUGUCAUUGAUGAUACGGUCACGACACCAACUGAGCAUACCUUUGUCUCAUUCAACUUCUCACAGAAGAAAGGGGUGUACAUGACAACAUAUGUGGCACCAUUUGUGAGGUUUCCUUGA